AUGCUAGCAGAGAUUUCUGCCAUUUUCCUUCUUCUUCGAAUAUCUGAUGCAGCGACACCUGAAGUGCUUUCAUGCUUGCGCUUAGAGAAAAGUCCAUUGGAAUCACCGCAUUCAAGAGUUGUACACGUUGAAGAGGAUCGACCAGCCUAUUUGCAUUGCUCGGUGCCAGAAAAUACAAAUCACAUGGUUGCUUGGUCUCGAGCCUCGGAUGCAGCUCUGCUCAUCGCUGGUACUGAGACUUUUACGAGUGAUUCACGAUUUCAAAUCAGCAUACGCGAAGCGGAUUACGUCUUAAUAAUAAGACAAUCACUGCCAAAAGACUCGGGCUGUUACCUUUGUGAAGUGAACACUGAACCUGACAGCAUAAUUGUCCCUGUUUAUUUGAAUGUUUCUCGAAAAGAACCGAUAGUUCCCCAAUUGAUGCCCAAAAAACCAGGGAAAUUGCUGGCAAAUAUGCAUGGAAAUGAAGUGGUGCUGAAUUGCACCUUUUCGCUUGAUGGAGGCGGUGGCGAUGAAGAAGUACAUUGGCAAAAAGACGACAAAAUCAUCGAUCUCAACAACACACAAAAAUAUGUUUGGAAAGUGAAAAGAGAAGCAGGGAUACUUGUUCAUGAGGUGGUGAUCCGAGGAGCAAGCGAUGCCGACGAUGGAGAGUACGCGUGUGUGAGGGGACGACAGAAAGCCACCCAAAUUGUUCAUGUCAAUCUCAAAGCCGAAGCACAAACCUCUCGAUCAUUUGAAAGACGACUCACUCAAGCGAUUUCUUUCGUUUCCCUAGGUUUCUUAUUUGUA